GCGGGGAAUGUUUGUCCAUCAUUAAGAAGAGUUCGGAAGUUGGCUAUGAGGGACUUUUCUUUUCUUUGUCUUCUAUGAUAUCUCGAGGGUUAAUUUGUUUAUCGAUCACUUACUUUCUCCUUGUAAAUGUAAUCACGAAAGCCCCAAUAUCUUACAAUACCUCACCACCAUGAUUGACCCAAAAGCCAUUAAUGCCGUCCUGGACAUCUUUGUCCCUGCAAUCCAAGCUCGUCGGAAGAACUCCUCAAGGCCAUUCGUUCUAGGCCUUUCUGGCCUUCAAGGCAGUGGCAAAUCAACAUGGGCUGCAGCUCUUUCCCAAGCUCUCACGAAUCAACACAAUCUCAAGACUCGCAUGUUAUCCCUGGAUGAUCUCUAUCAUGACCAUCCAGAACUUGUGGCCCUUCGAGAAGCGAACCCAGAUAACGGUCUUCUUCAAAGCCGUGGCCAACCUGGAACUCACGAUGAGGUUCUAGCGAAGGACUUCUUCGAUCAAGUUCUUGGGCGAGUUGAGAGUGAUAAGAAGGUCGUCAAGUGGCCAGCUUAUGAUAAGAGUCUUCACAGCGGUCAGGGUGGGAGGGUUCCAGUUGAAAAAUGGGAGGAAGUUCCACUGAAUGAGGGCCUUGAUGUUCUGAUCUUUGAGGGCUGGGCUCUUGGCUUCAAACCUCUAACUGACGAGGAAGUCAAGAGAAAGUGGGAGAAAGCUAAAGCGUCAGAAGCACAGCAGUCUGAAGAAUGGGCUCUUACGAAUACGCUGGCGAGCCAUGAUCCAAGUCACCUUCUCCUCAUCAACGAGAACUUGAGAAGAUACUGCGAGACAUUUUCUGGACCACAGCACUUUGACGGGUUUCUGCAUCUGAGUACAGAUAGACUCGUCCAGGUUUACGAGUGGAGGUUAGGUCAAGAGAGGGCGUUGAGGCAGCACAAACCGGGUAUGACGGAUGAGCAGGUUAUCAAGUUUGUGAAAGGGUAUAUGCCUGCUUAUGAACUGUUCCUUGAACGUCUUCAGAAGGAGAACUUUUUCAAAGACGAGGGAUCUAACGACAAGAAGCAUAUACAGGUGGUAUUGAACAAGGACCGGGAGGUUAUUCAAGUGAAGGAGGUAUAAUGUAUUAAUAUUAGUGAUACU